ACGCAUGAAGAAGGUUGAACUGAGCGCGGGCUGUAGAGAUGGCAGAGAGCGGAGUUUCAGUGGGAUCGGAAUCCCUCCAGCUGUAUGAAGCACAGUUCUUCGGCUUCACCCCGGAGACCUGCAUGCUACGAGUUCGUGAUGCCUUCCGAGACUCUCUCAAUCACAUAUUGGUCGCAGUUGAGUCUGUGUUUGUGAAAAGAUUGUGUCCGGGCCAUGACCCGCCAGCAGAGCUCCGACUGACAGCUCGAGAGAGCACCCAAAAACUGCGACAGUUUUUACAGGAGCGCUUCGAAGUCAUGUUUCAGCGCAUGAAGGGGAUGCUGGUGGACCGCGUCCUCUCCGUUCCUCAAAACCUCCUUUUGCCCGAUGACCAGCUGCACCAGAAGCACCCAGAAGGCAAAGAAGAGCUUGCUAAGCUGCAGGACUCCGUCGCGAAACUGCUACAGGCUUAUGAAGCCGAGGUGUGCGCCAAGCAAGCGCUUCUCGCUGAGCUUGAGGAGCAGAAGGAAACGCAGAAACAGAUCGAUGAAGUGCUGAGAUGGAUCGAGGAACUGCGUCUUUCGUGGAGGCGAGAGGGAAUGGGAAGUGUCCAAGACAGCGUCCGACACAUGAUGGAGGCUGUGGGCCAACUGCAGGACGUAGUAGGAAAGAUUAGAAAGCAAAAUAAAGGACUGGAUGAGGUUUGAUGCUUUAUGUGUAACAUUUGAACAAGAGCUGUGGUGUAAUGGCAUGAUCCAUCCACCAGGGGGAGGCGGCGCACAAUCUAUUCGGGGCAAUAACAUUAACAUACAUGUGCCACGAUCAGUCCAGCUUCAAAGCAAUGCAUUUGUAAUCAGGCGAUUUUCCUCAGAUUUUCCUCAGACAUUUGAAAUGCAGUCCAUCUCUUCUUCCUCAAAGUCGCUGGGUUUUCUCAUUUACGAUUCAGUGCCUUUGAUGUUCAGUACAGUUAGAUCUGCGUUAGAUUAACCCAAAUGUCCCACAGGCCCAAACUGAUGUGUCCAACGGCCUGACUGGCUUUACACUUUACAGCAAGUUUUAUGUUCUUUGAGGAUAUAUUUUAAGGUAUUUUCCUUGAUGUUCAGAGGAGAAUU